AAAAAAAUGGUAAAUAAUAUGUAUUACUGGAGAACCGCAAUCGCUUUGGGGCUGAUAAGUGUUGCAGUUGUUUUAGGUGAAGACGAUGUGGCACCGGCUACAUUCACAAACUAUGGAAUAUUCUACAAUAUCAUAGGUUUCCUAUUUCCACCACUUAUUCCUUUCAUCACUCUAGUGAAGUUGAUUACUAAGUUAUCAGAGCCAAUCCGAGGAAUACUUUACUAUCUAAUAAAUUAAUUUAAAAUGGUGCACAUAAU